GCGACCACAGGCAGUAAGCGCUUCGGAACGAUUCCGCUUCCCUCCUCCGGUUUCCGCUGGUGCCUAUUUGGACGAAGGACCAGAAACGGAGCGCUUUGGAGGACGGAUCACAGAGGUUGUCUGAAGGCCGAGACCAAGAUGGCGGUGCUGGCGGCUCCUGGCCUGCUCUGUGUGCGGAUCCUGGGCCUCCGCUCCAGCAUAGACACGGUGGCCCAGGUAUGCAGAGUCCAUCAGAGUGUGGCCACCGAGGGCCCAAGCAGCACACAGUCUGUUGUGCCCAAGGCUGGAGCUGGAGCUGUGGUCCCCAAGCCUUCCCAUCUACCCAGAAACCGGGCCGAGUAUGUGGUUGCCAAGCUGGAUGACCUCAUCAACUGGGCGCGCCGGAGCUCUUUGUGGCCUAUGACCUUCGGCCUGGCGUGCUGUGCUGUGGAGAUGAUGCACAUGGCUGCUCCACGCUACGACAUGGACCGCUUUGGUGUGGUGUUCCGUGCCAGCCCACGUCAAGCCGAUGUGAUGAUUGUAGCUGGCACGCUUACCAACAAGAUGGCACCUGCACUCCGCAAGGUGUAUGACCAGAUGCCUGAACCUCGAUAUGUGGUGUCCAUGGGGAGCUGUGCCAACGGCGGUGGCUACUAUCACUACUCCUACUCAGUAGUACGAGGCUGUGACCGCAUUGUGCCAGUGGACAUCUAUGUGCCAGGCUGCCCACCCACGGCCGAGGCACUACUCUAUGGCAUUUUGCAACUGCAGCGGAAGAUCAAGCGUGAACAGAAGUUGAAGAUCUGGUACCGCAGGUAGAGCUACCAGGCCGAGCACUAUAGCCCCAGAAUCCCAAUGUGAAUAAACCCAUCCUAACUCA